AUGGACGACUUGAGUGUUUGCCUUGGUGCUUCUUCAAAUCAAGCCUUGCUCUCAAAGACUGGUACUGCCCUGAGUAUCUUAAUAGACCUCUGCCAUGAGACUCACAUGCACCCAAACCUCAAGAAAGGGAAAACAGAGGUCAUGUUCUGUUUUCGAGGCGCAGGCUCUCGAGAGCUCAGACGACAAUACUACUCCCAGAGUAGUGGUUUUCCAGUCAUUUGUGAAAAGAAAACACAUCAUAUCUCUGUUGUGAGUAGGUAUUUGCACUUGGGAGGAAUCCUACAUCACCGAAUAGUUGCCCAUGCUGAAAUCACCCGACGUUUGGGCAUUGCCCAUCAGGCCUUUACCCAGCAUAGGCGUGUGCUUUAUCACAAUGCUCUGAUUCCCUGGAAGAAGCGCCAGGAAAUCUUUUCGACAUUGGUCCUCAGCAAACUCGUUUUCGGUUUUGAAUCAUGGACGUCUGAGACCCAACAGUGUCGAGACCAACUGCAUGCUGGCAUUGUGAAAUUGCACAAACGUCUCUUGGGAUACCGUUGCAUCGCACAUCUCACUGAUGAUGCUGUCAUCAUUGCUGCUGGUUUGCCCUCCCCCACUGAAAUCCUUCGCUGCAGUCGCCUUCGAUAUUUUGGCUCCUUGUAUCGUUGUGGACGAGAUGCCCACUGGGGUCUUCUGAAAGAAGAUCUGACUUGGGUAGCCAUGCUUGAAGAUGAUUUUCGAUGGCUUUGGCAGCAGUUGCAUAACAGCACAAGCCUCCCUGAUCCUUCUUUGCAUUUCCCGGUGUGGCAAGACAUUCUCAUGCACCAUGGGGGAUACUGGAAAAAGCUCAUUAAGAAGGGAGUAGCUCACGCAUGUCUCCAAAGAGAAAAUGAAGACAUUGCAGUGCAGAUGCAUCGUAGAGUUGCCAACAUUUUACAUCAGCAUGGUUGGGCACCAGAGCUCCCAAUCAACAAACACAAGUAUCAGAAACAAUCACAGGCUUUUGGCUGCAUGCAAUGUCGCACAACACAUGCCAGUCGAGCGGGGGAAAGUGCUCACAUGUUCCGUAGACAUGGUUACCGUGCCUCAGCCAGACAGCUUUUUGAUGGUACUUCAUGUCCGCAUUGUCUUCGUGAGUACCACACCAGAGCCAAGGUGCUCGCACAUUUGCGACAUGCACAUGUAUGCAGACAAAGUUUGAUUGGCAGAAGAAUAUCUUGUGACCCAACGCCUGGCACAGGAUCAACUGUUGACCGCGACUUGCAUGAGGCCACGGAUGGCGCUAUUCCCUUUCUUCUGGGACAAGGGCCGCGAAUUCCGGAAGGCAACCUUCAUGAUUUUGUCGACUAUGACAUUCAUGUGUUGGAAGCGCUGUAUCUCCGUUUAGUAGAGUUAGAACCUACUGAUGACCUCAUGACAGCCUUGCAAGAGGUAGUUACAUGCGUACAGGCCUUGCUGAAGGUUGACAAUUGGGCUUUCCUUGCAGAUGUUACGCAGCCAGACUCUGUAUCAAAGGUGUUGUACUGCAUGCAUACGCAGGACGGAGAAGACGAGGUAAUGUUGGGCACGCUCCUUUUGGGAUUCGCAUUUGAAUGCAUGGCUGCCCUGGCCAUUUGCACUGGAGCCGGACUCUUGGAGCAUCCACGAGAUCCAGAACAUCCAGACUAUGUUAGCAUUUGGCGUUUACCAAUUUUGCGCCUGCUUUUGAAUCUGCCACGAAUGAGACUGAUUUCGCUCUCAAAGGGCUUAUUCGGUGCCCCUUCACCAAAACCCACCACCUUCUUGGUCUUGGGUAUGGCGACAUUGGAAAUGGACUUGCAUCGACAUCGUCUUUCUGGUCAUCUUCCACAGGGCUGUUCGAUUGGCAAAGAUUCAAGCGGCAACUACCGAACGGCACCGCUGAAAGAAUAUCCUCCUUCUCUCUGCAUGGCGGUGGCCACCGGAUUGUGUACAGAUAUCACCAGCAUGGAUUGCGGUGAAGCUGAAUGCGAUCCUCCAUCUGAGUUCAUCGAAAGAUGUAAAGGCAUGCAUGAUGUUUCUUUUGAUGGAUGUAUCGGGCACGACGGAUGA